AUGCACCGAAACGAGGAGGAGCGACGAGCUCGUAAGGAGCGUGAGAGGGCUGAGCGCAAAGCCAGGGAAGCAGCUGCAGCCGUCGAACCUGCUGGGGCUAGCGGAGCUGUUGGUGGUGAAAAGGAGGAGCGCCGAAGGGAGACGGAAGAGGAGCGACGAGCUCGUAAGGAGCGUGAGAGAGCUGAGCGCAAAGCCAGGGAAGCAGCUGCAGCCGCCAAUGCAGAGUCUAAUGCAGAUUACAGCGACUCUACAAAGGAAUUAGCCUCAACAGCCUCUAAUACGAAUCGCACUUUGAGUGUAAAACCAUCCAAUGAAGUGGACAUGCUCGUGGCCGCCAUGGAGGAAGAGAAUCGUGAGACCAACCUUCGCAGUGCAACACAGUCUAGGAAGGGGCGGGAUGCGGCAGCGUCUCUAAACAACGAAAACAUGGAUGAUCAUGGAUCAUCACGAGGGGCAAAUGAUGUAAAUAACUCGAAUGUAGGUCGUCGCGUCAGUGAGCGUAGAGAGAGCAGGAAGCUAAAAAAACUUCAAGGCAGUGAGCAGAAUUCUUCUGCGCCAGCGGAUUCCGUUGGAGACGAUAGCUCCUCCACUAUGCAGGACUUGCGACGGCAGGGGUAUCGUGGCCAAUUUGAGAAGGAUUUAGCGCGCGCGACGGUGCUUCGUCGUUUGGUGGACCUCGACGAUGCUGCGGUGGUGUUGUUCGACGCGGCGCCUCAAUCCGAGUAUGAUCUCUACAUUCGCAGCUUCAGCGAAAGCGGUAAACGGCAAAUGUUGGUGCAGGCCCCAGCAGAGGAGGAUUUCAUCGACGCUGAGGUACAGGUUGAUCGUGCGCAUUGGAAGCAAAAAACGAUGCAAGCGCCCGAUGAUCUGUUCCUUCACCCCAAACAAUCCACAGAGGGACACGAUGUGGACGAUGAUAAGGGCGAGGCUGAUCAUAAAAAGGAUGACCUUAUGGAGAUGAUUGUCCCAUCUGCGGAUCCUAAUCUUCUGGGCAAUUUCAUCCAUCACGUGCUACCCGUCAUGAGCGCCGUCUUGGAUUCCCAAACCUUCGGAAAACAAAGCGAUGCUGAGGGGAAUGAGGGAAUCAGCAAGAAUAUUACUGGGGCUGCUCCUUUAGCCUCCUUUUCUUACGCCUGCACUACCUAUAGUUUUUCUUUGACAAACACACGGCAGUUGCAGAAGGUUUGUUUUAGUUACGCACCCUCGCACUGCGUGGCGGUUCUUUACGGCGAGGCACAGGGGGCAGUUGGCUUGCCUGAGCUCGACCGAUACCCUUCCGUAAUUCUCGUCUGGAGCAUCUUUGACAACACAGAGCCGGAGAGGAUUCUCGUGAGCUAUUCCAGCUUGCCAUGCUUCUGCUUUAGCCCCAGUCGCCCGGAGCUGGUUUACGGCGGUUCUGAGAAUGGCAGCGUUUGUGUGUGGGAUUUACGCGAGCCGGACCAUCAUCAUUUAUAUGAAGGAUGUUAUCGGAGGCUGGUGUUCCGUCUACCCUCUUACUCUUCAAGCUGGCAUACCGAUCAGCACUGUUCACCCGUGCGGCAGCUGCGCAUUGUUGGCUACAACAACGUCUUCGGGCCGAAGCGCGAAGGGGGGGAACAGCUAGCUUCGCUUGACAGCAGCGGCGAGGUGAAGUUUUGGGCUGUCAGCGAUAAGGAUACUCGCUCGAGGACGACCAUUAACCAGAACGAUCACGGCAUGCACAUUUUUUCGACUGUCAAGCUCUCAUUGGUUGGGUCCUCCUCGCGGGAGGGCUACCACAACAUGGAUUCAACCACUGAUCCUUCACCGCUGGCGUCGUCCUCAGUGCUGCCUACUUGCUCGGGGUGUGGAUGGGGGGCCAGUGCGUUGGACUUCACGCCCACUGACGCCUCACGCUAUGUUGUGGCCACGCCGAAGGGGAUUGUGCACUGUAGCCGCUACGGUGGCAUCACGGUCCCCUCCCUUUAUGGCCCCACAACCCACCACUUCAGUCAGCCUAUCGCGGUGCCGUGCUGUGUGCAGUGCAAUGUCUUGGAUAGUCGAUUUAUCGAGGCGGGCUACGAGGACGGCACCGUGCGCCUAUUUCUGCACAAUCAGAAAGCCCCCCAGCUGACGGUCGUGGUGGCCAACGCGGGGGUCCCUAUCAUCGAGCUGCGCUGCUCCAACAUCGCGCGCUGGAUCACGCUCGCGUUGGAUCAGGCCGGCACGCUACACGUCUUGGAUCACGCACAUAGGAAUCGAGAGGAGCCGCAGUUCUCGUUUCCCCUUGCACAGGCUGACACAGGGGCGUGCCUUUGCAUGGACACCCCUGCAGAGGUCAGGUCUUCGGAAAAGCAGCUACUGGCGCUUGGGUUUGAAAAGGGUAUGGUGCAGGUCCAUAGCUUUAACAUGGCGAAUCUGCAGACCCCCGCUGCGGAGCGUGAUGAGUCUUGGCUUUGA